AUGAUAACUUUAUAAAUAGGUAAUAUUACAAAUGGUUGUGAUUUCGUAAAGAAACAAUAUAAGAAGUAGGUAUAUGGGAUAACAACUCCUUUAUUUACAGAUAAGAAUGGAUAGAAAUUUUGGAAGAGAGAAGGGAAUGCAUUAUUUUUGGAUGUGAAUUAUAAACAUAAUAUGAAAUAAUUUUGA